UACAUACCGGAUUAUGGCAUGAGGGCAAUCAGCAUUCAUUUGACUGGUUCUGUCCAUUGCGGCAUGAACAGCCUCGCCCGAUGCCUAUGAUCAAUUGAGGAUCAUGAAGGUUUGUUUGGUUACUUGUGCUCUAACGUCACACUCUGUCCGAGUGCUCUCAUUUGAUGUCUUGAUCUUGAAUUAUUUUAUCCCCUCUAUUCAUGCGUGGCUCAAGUGUGGUUCCAUCGAAGCGGGGGAGCAUCAAUGCGAUUUGAUGCGGCACCCGUACCUCCAGACGAGAGGUGUUGGCUUGUUAGGCUCGCACCUCAGUACCCAGCUAUCGUCGUCAGUCUCGUUUAAAUGGGAAACACCCUUGUCAAAUACUCGAGAACCCCCAAAGCAAUCUAGUUUUUUUUGCUAGCUCCCACCAACAAAACGUGCAUUCACCCCACAAAAUCAACGUACCGAACAAGGGCAUAGCCUCCCCUUCCGCCCGCCCUCCCUGGGACGAUGUUUUCCGAUUCAGGCCGACCCAAGACUUUUGCGAGAUCUUUCCAUGUCAGGCUCGGUGCCUUUAGGGCCGCCCAUCCGCCGAUGACUCAAGAUACCCGA